AUGGUAGCUCCCAAGCUUCCCAGCAGCCAUAACAAGCGAAAGAGACGGCGAAAGCAUGCAGAGCCAAAUGUAGACAAUCGAAUCUUGAUGAUACCCUUGGGAUUGGCGUUCCUGGCCGUUUCUUCGCAAAUUCUACGCUUGUUUCGAAGCCUGGUGAAACCAAGAGGAAAGGCACCCGUGCUGCGACGAGAACACGCUUCCGAGACAUCCUGGAACUACGAUUGGUGUCAGUCAUCAUCAAAGGCCGAGGAGGAGGAACGAGAAUGUGUCUUGGUCCUACCCAUUGAUUUGGCAGAUUUCCUCCCACCACUUCCCGAUGAUCCACUGAUGGAUAUGCUACCCGAUCCAGGGGAUUUGUUUGGGAUGGAUGAUGGCGAAAAUAGUCAAGAAAGCAACAAAGGCAGUAACAGCACUAAUUCAAUGACGGAUGACCUGGACAAUCACCUGGAUCGCCUGGGAAAUUUCCUCAUGAAUCCAUCCACUUUCCUGUACCCUCCCACACCCAAAAUCUUGGUCGAAGCAAGACGCAAUUUUACACGGUCUGGAUACCACGGCAUUCGCAACCACCACAAUCACAACAUUACGCAUCAAUCAUUUUCGGUGCGCCAUCAUUCUGGAGAUCAUUUUGCACUGAUAUCCCGACGAGGUUUGGGUGGGACUCACGAAAACAACCAGGAUCGAGCUUUGCUAGUAGAUCUCUUUCCAACCUCCUUGGGGAGAAAACACAAGCAUAAGAAACACCCAAAGAAAAGGCACAAUCCUCUGCACAACAACUUUUUCAUGGGCAUAUUUGAUGGACAUGGGUUGUCAGGCCAUUUGAAAGCAGACUUUGCUGCAGCAACACUUCCCGGGCUAUUGCUGGAUCGAUUGAUACCCUUGGAGACACGACUUGACAAUACCAUGGACGAACAAAUCCGCCAGGCACUUCAAUCUUCAUUUUGGGACAUUCAUCGGCAGGGGCCGCUGAUUCAUGACAGUGGAUGCACGGCCUCGACCGUGGUGCGGUUGGGUCGUCGCCUCUACUUUGCCAACACUGGCGACAGUCGUUCCAUGCUGGUGCAAAUCGAUAUGGAGCGACGACACGUGAAUAUCACCCAUGUCACAACGCCACACAAACCAGACUUGCCCGAAGAACGACAACGGAUUGUCAAAACGGGCUGUAUCGUGAUUGAUCCCAUUCCGUUCUAUGAUUCCACGGCACGCGUUGCCGAACCGAUAGAUAAAGAGGGAGGGUCGGGACUUGCCUUGGCCAUGAGCCGGAGUCUGGGCGAUUACGAUUUGGAACAUUGUGGGGUAAUUCCAGAGCCAACCGUCACAGUGGUGGAGUUGCCAUCAUCAUCAGGAUCCUUGGCAGCGCAUGACGACAACCAACACGACAACGAUAGCAAGAUAUUGCUAGCCGUGUCGCUCACUGACGGGAUGUUCGACUACGUGCCGCUGGAAGAAAUUGCACAAGGGCUUUCACGUCCGUACCUGAACCGAAACACCUACUUGGGAACAUUGGCGUCGCCAUUGGAGCUCGCAGUCGAAGAUCUUGUCCGCACUGCUUCCGAUCGAUGGCUCGUCAACACGACAGGGAUUCCCUACAGAGAUGAUAUCACUAUUGCUGUACGCCGAGUACACUAA